AUGGCCACCGACAGCGGCGGUCCGGUUCCCUUCGCGCAAUGGGCUGGCACACUCAAGCCGCAGCUGCUUCAGGCUUUUGAGUCGAUGGGCAUCACACACACAACACCCGUGCAGGAGAAGGUGUUCCAGCUGCCCAACUUCAAGCAGGACUGCCUUGUGCAGGCCAAGACGGGCACCGGCAAGACCAUCGCCUUUCUGGUGCCGGCACUUCAGAAUCUGCUCGAGGCCAAGGACCUGGACAGGUCAUUUGUCGGCCUGUUGGUGCUGGCUCCGACGCGGGAGCUGGCGCAGCAAAUCGUCGACGAAUGCGUGAAACUCACCAGCGCCUGCAACCCGCCCUUCGAAUGCCACAUCGCCGUCGGCGGCAGCAGCAAAAAGAGCCACCUCUCCAAGUUCCUCAAGGGCAAGCCUACCAUUCUGGUCGCCACCCCAGGCCGACUGAUCGACUACCUCAGCGAGGAUGCGGCCCGCAACAAGCUGAGCAAGAUCCGCUGCGUCGUGCUCGACGAGGCGGACCGCAUGCUCGACGCCGGCUUCGCGCCCGCCCUGUACCAGAUCCUGCAGCAGAUCCCGCCCAAGGCGAGCGCCGGCUGGCAGGGCAUGUGCUUCAGCGCCACCAUCCCGCCCGAGAUUGAGAAGAUGCUGCCCAUGGUCCUGGCCAAGGGCCACGCUCGUAUCUCGACCAUCGACGAGAAUGAGGCGCCCACCAUCGAGACCGUCCCGCAGUCCGUGUACCCGGUCGCCUCGGUUGACGACGUCCUGCCGACGCUGCACUCGGUGCUGUCGUGCGCAAAGGCCGACAACCCGGCCCUCAAGGCCAUCAUCUUCUGCCCCACCGCCCGGCAUGCGGGCCUGCUGUAUCACGUCUUCGGCCACACGGGCGGCGCCGCCCCGCCGAAGCUGCCUGUGUUCCAGAUGCAGUCGCGCAUGUCGCAGGCGCAGCGGACGCGGACGGUCGAGGAGUUCAAGCAGGCGGACCGCGGGCUGAUGUUUGCGUCGGACGUGGUGGGCCGCGGCAUGGACUUCCCGGACAUCAACCUGGUCGUCCAGAUCGGCGUGCCGGGCGAGAAGGACCAGUAUGUGCACCGCGUGGGCAGGACGGGCCGCGCGGGCAAGCUUGAUGGCAGGGCGGUCAUGAUCCUCGCUCCGGAGGAGAUGUGGUUUGUGAGGAGCAACCCCGAGUUCCCGAUCAAGAACGAGGGUCCUUUCACCCACCCCAAAGCAGGAACCUGGCCGUCAGCGGAGAUCAUCAGAUCCGCCCUCGCCAAGGUGCCCCAGCAGACUAAAGAACAGGCCUACGUCGGCAACCUGGGCUUCAUCAAGUCGCUCAUGAAGCGCUAUCGGCUCGAUGCCCCUGGUGUCGUAGAGCUCGCCAACCGGUUCGCCAAGGCCUUCGGGUGCGAGAGCAUCCCGGAGCUGAGCCCCAUGACGGUGGGCAAGAUGGGCCUGAAGGGCGUGCCCGGGAUAGUCGUUGAAGGUAGAGGACUGGUGAAGGGGCCGGUUCCGGGCGCGUCUGGGUUCGCUGAUGGGCGAAGGGGAAGGGGAGAAGGUGGUCGAGGAGGCUUCGGAAACGGCGAAGACAGGAAUGGGAACCACGCUGGAGCUUCGAGGGGUGGUGGAAGGGGCGGUAGGGGUGGCGGUAGAGGUGGCAGCCGGGGUCGCGGACGGCAGGGUCAAUCGGCGACGGCGUCGGGCGGGUUUGGUGAGGAGCCCAAGCCUAAGAGGCCCCGAUGGUGA